CGCAGGGCGAGACCAGAUCUUUACACUGGGGAAUAUUCUUUAACACAUCUUUACAGAGUAAAUUGAAGAUCUGAGCAGCGCAGAGGAAGAUGUCGUGCCUCAAGUGUCUGAAGUACAUCAUGUGUGUGGUGAACUUCAUCUUUUUUAUCUGUGGAGCUGCGAUCUUUGGAAUGGGGAUCUAUUUAAUGACGUUCUCUAGGCUUUCUUUACUGCCCAGUCUUCAGGCUAUGAGCAUCGCCAACACACUCUUCAUCACUGGCAUCAUCAUCACCUGCGUCUCCUUCCUCGGUUUUCUUGGAGCCCUUAAAGAAAAUCGCUGCCUGCUAAUAUCUUUCUUCAUCCUUCUGUUCAUUCUUAUGCUGGCUGAGUUGGCUGCUGCAUGUUUGAUGCUUAUGUAUGAGUCAAAGAUUGAGAACUUUAUUAAAGAUGACCUUGUAGACGGGUUAAACCAAUCCAUAAAAAACAGAAAACAACACAACACAACUGACGACUGGGACAAGGUCCAAGAGACUUUUGGUUGCUGUGGCAUUCAAAAUGCUACAGACUGGCAAGGUUUUGUACCACAAUCAUGCAAUAUCUCUGGAACAUCCAACUGGCAUAAGGGCUGUUUCAAAUUGCUGGAGAACUCGUUUGAAUCAAAUCUCUUGAGCACGGGGAUUGGCGUCAUUGUUGUCUGCAUUAUUGAGGUCUUGGGUAUGUGCUUCUCCAUGACCCUGUUCUGCCACAUAAAUCGAUCUGGGUUAGGAUACAAAUAAUAUCCACUUCUGUAGGAUUUCUUCUAUAUCUGGUGUUCUUAUUAACAAGUGUCCUUUAAAUGGCUUAAUACAACAGGCUGGUUCUUUUGUUUGUUAUAAUUAUUUUACAUGAAUCAUUAUUACUUCAGAUUUCAUCAACUUCAUCACACAAGGGAGUUUUUGUGUUAGUGGAUGGAUGCUAGUGGAACUAUAACCACUGAGCUGGUUUUAAAAUGUACUUCUUAGCAGUAUUAUUUUUACUCUUGCCAUCUCUGUCUAAAUGGAAACUUCCUGUGGGGUUUUAACACUGAAUUCACCCAGCUGUAUUUGAAAGCCAGGUCAUUUAAUGGUUGUUUUUGUUACGUAAAGUGAACAAUUCAAUAUCACACUCUAUUAAACGGCUCUUUUUUGUCAUAUAAGAAAAUGUUGAGUUUGACCUAGUAUGUUAACAUGUUACAAUGGUUACAUUUGUUGUUGUGGGCUGAACAAUGAAUUUGUUUAUGAUCACUUCCUCUUCUGAUGUGCUGUAGCAAUGACUUAACCUUCUGAUUUCCCAGAAUAUGUACAGAGUGGAAACCACAGGGUGUCUCUCACUGAGCGCGCAAACCAGCUGUGUUGCCUAUAAAGAGUAUAAUACAGUUCUUCUUUUCUUUACUCUUCAGAUGAAUGUAAAUUAAAUAAAAAUCUAACGACAA